AUGCCUUUCUUUUCUAGAGUGUGCUCUCGGUUCGUCAACUUGAGUGGGACGACCAGAGACCUGCAGCAGAGGGUUGCUGCUGGAGAGACCCUCGAGAGUGUGCUCCUGGAGGCGUUUGCUGUUGUGCGCGAAGCUUCCAAGAGAGUUCUUGGCCUGAGGCCGUUUGAUGUCCAGCUCAUAGGUGGCAUGGUGCUGCAUGACGGGCAGAUCGCUGAGAUGCGGACGGGGGAAGGCAAGACGCUGGUUGCUGUGCUCCCUGCCUACCUCAACGCGCUCACAGGUGUAGGGGGCAUGGUGCUGCAUGACGGGCAGAUCGCUGAGAUACGGACGGGGGAAGGCAAGACGCUGGUUGCUGUGCUCCCUGCUUACCUCAACGCGCUCACAGGCAAGGGCGUGCAUGUGGUGACAGUCAACGAUUACUUGGCUCGUAGGGAUGCCGAGUGGGUGGGGCAGAUUCACAAGUAUCUCGGUCUGUCUGUCGGCCUCAUUCAACAGGGCAUGACGGCGCAGCAGAGGAGGGACAGCUACGCGUGUGAUGUCACAUAUGUCACCAACAGCGAGCUUGGAUUCGACUACCUCCGAGACAACCUUGCCACUUCCAAGGUGGACCUAGUUGUACCCACCUUCAACUUCUGCAUAAUCGAUGAAGUCGACUCCAUUCUCAUCGACAAGGCACUUGCACUGACUCCUCUACAUCCCUUCCCUUCCCUUCCCGCCUUGCCCUGCUUUCCACACUCACAGUCCAAGAUGGACCUAGUUGUACCCUCCUUCAACUUCUGCAUAAUCGAUGAAGUUGACUCCAUUCUGAUUGACGAGGCCCGCACGCCGCUCAUCAUAUCAGGGCCGGCAGAGAAGCCCAGCGAGCGAUACCUCGUAGCUGCCAAGAUCGCUGCUGCCUUUGAACGAGACGUGCACUACACGGUUGACGAGAAGCAGAAGGUUGUUCUCUUAACAGAGAUAGGGUACGAGGAAGCAGAGCUGGUGCUCAAAGUGACGGAUCUGUACGAUCCCAAAGAGCAGUGGGCCUCCUUCCUCCUCAACGCCAUUAAAGCCAAGGAGCUCUUCACCAAGGACGUACAGUACAUUGUGCGCGACGGCGCGGUGCUUAUAGUGGAUGAGUUUACAGGGAGGAUAAUGGAGGGGCGGCGGUGGAGCGAAGGCGUGCAUCAAGCAGUGGAGGCGAAAGAGGGGGUGGCAAUACAGAACGAAACAGUCAGCCUCGCUUCGAUCAGCUAUCAAAACUUCUUUCUCCAGGUGGGUCUGUGUGGAGUGAGCGAGGGCGUGCACCAGGCAGUGGAGGCGAAGGAAGGUGUGGUGCCCAGAACUUCUUCUUGCAGAUGGGCUAAGAUGAUGGAGGGGCGGCGGUGGGGUGAGGGCGUGCACCAGGCAGUGGAGGCGAAGGAGGGAGUGGCGAUUCAGAACGAAACAGUCAGUUUGGCCUCUAUCAGCUAUCAGAACUUCGUCCUGCAGUACCCCAAGCUGUGUGGUAUGACCGGCACGGCAGCCACAGAGGCAGACGAGUUUGGUGGCAUCUACAAGCUGGCUGUGGCCGAGGUCCCCACCAACCGGCCCCUGCAGAGAAAGGACGAGCAAGACGUGGUGUAUCGCACGUCAGUGGGCAAGUGGAGGGCAGUGGUGGCGGAUGUGAAGGGGCGGCACGCAGAGGAGCAGCCAGUGCUGGACGAGCAAGAUGUAGUUUACCGCACGUCAGUGGGCAAGUGGAAAGCAGUGGUGGCGGAUGUGAAGGGGCGCCAUGCAGAGGGGCGGCCAGUGCUGGUGGGCACCACAUCGGUUGAGAUCAGUGAGGCGCUGUCGGCCAAGCUGAAGGAAGCAAAUGUUCCUCACCAGGUACAAUGGUGUGUGCUGCCAGUGCUGGUGGGAGCCACGUCGGUUGAGAUCAGUGAGGCGCUCUCGGCCAAACUAAAGGAGGCGAACGUCCCCCACCAGGUGCUCAAUGUGAAACCUGAGAACGUGGAGAGGGAGGCGGAGAUAGUGGUGCAGAGCGGACGCGUUCUCAAUGCCAAACCAGAGAAUGUGGAGAGAGAAGCAGAGAUAGUGGCACAGAGUGGGCGAGUGGGGGCGGUGACAAUAGCAACCAACAUGGCUGGGCGGGGAACUGACAUUCUUCUGGGCGGCAAUGCAGAGUUCAUGGCCCUGACAGUAGCAGUUUUAGUUAAACGCUUGUGUUUCUCUCUUCUCCUGACUCCCCCUUACCCUCUCCCUCUUACCCUCUCCCCUCCUCUUACCCUCUCCCUCUUACCCUCUCCCCUCCUCUUACACUCUCCCCUCCACUUACCCUCUCCCCUCCUCUUACCCUCUCCCCUCCUCUUACCAUCUCCCCUCCUCUUACCUCUCCCCUCCUCUUACCCUCUCCCCUCCUCUUACCCUCUCCCCUCCUCUUACCAUCUCCCCUCCUCUUACCUCUCCCCUCCUCUUACCCUCUCCUCUCCUCUUACCUCUCCCCUCCACUUACCCUCUCCCCUCCUCUUACCCUCUCCUCUCCUCUUACCCGCUCCCCUGCUCCUUCCCUCUCCCCUGCUCCUGCCUGCUGCUGCGCACAGAGUGGUGAAGGCAGACGACGUGGCGUUCAUAUUCCAAGGCAAAACGAAGAUUGCUGUCAAACGAACCUGGACGGUGCCGACCAGUCUCUUCCCCUGCCGUCUCUCGCCUGGCGUCACUGACGUUGGGAGCGAGGCGGUGCAAGCAGCAGUGGAGGCGUGGGGCUCUGAAUCCGUGCCGCCCAGUCUCUUCCCCUGCCCUCUCUCGCCUGGCCUCACUGACGUUGGGAACGAGGCGGUGCCGGCCAGUCUCUUCCCCUGUCCGCUCUUGCCUGACCUCACUGAUGCCGUGAACGAGGCGGUGCAAGCAGCAGUGGAGGCGUGGGGGAGCAGUUCGCUCACAGCACUGGAGGCAGAGGACAGGCUGGCAUUUGCAUGUGAGAAGGUGAGAGCUGAUGGUGGGGUGGUGGGUAGACGUUAUGGCCCCAUGUCCGACCCGGUGGUGAAGCAGCUGAGAGCAGCCGUUGAGGCGGUGGAGGGGGAGUAUCGGCGAUUCACAGAGGAGGAGAAGCGGAAAGUGAUUGCUGCCAGGGAGAGGAGAGCACUGCAUGUGAAACCACAUUAUCAUGCUUGUUCUUCCUCUCCCUCCUCUCCGCUCCCUACCCUUUCGUCCCCCCAGGGCCCCACAGCGGACCCUGUGGUGAAGCAAUUGAGGGCAGCCUUCGAGGCAGAGGAGGGGGGGUAUCGGCGAUUCACAGAGGGCAUGUGCAGGGGAACCUUCAAGAGACAGUGGAAUAUUCUUGUUUCUCCGUUCCCCCUCCAGGGCCCCACGGCUGACCCUGUGGGCCCCACGUCCGACCCGGUGGUGAAGCAGCUGAGAGCAGCCGUUGAGGCGGUGGAGGGGGGAGGCCCCACGUCCGACCCGGUGGUGAAGCAGCUGAGAGCAGCCUUUGAGGCGGUGGAGGGGGAGUAUCGGCGAUUCACAGAGGAGGAGAAGCGGAAAGUGAUUGCUGCAGGGGGGCUGCAUGUUAUCGGCACAGAGCGACACGAGUCGAGACGCGUGGACAACCAGCUACGUGGCCGCAGCGGGCGGCAGGGGGACCCGGGGAGCUCGCGCUUCUUCCUCAGCCUAGAAGACAAUCUGCUAAGGGUGUUUGGGGGAGAGAGGAUCGAUGGGCUGAUGAGGGCCUUCCACGUGGAGAAUCUGCCGAUCGAGUCGCCGUUCCUGAACCGAGCGCUGGAGGCUUGA